AUGGCGGAGGAGAUCAGUCACCCGUCGAGGUACGUCAAACUGACGAAAGAACAAGCGCCGCCGACGGAGGACAUAAAUCCCGGCGAGCUUAAUCUGCCCAUUGAUGUUCCUCAAUUGCACGUCCCCAAGUGCAAUGAAUGUGGACAGCCAUUGCCAGAAAGCUAUCGAGCUCCUGCAGAUGAACCUUGGAAUACAGGGAUCUUUGAAUGUGCUCAAGACCCAGAAAGUUGUCGUACGGGGUUAUUUUGCCCAUGUGUCUUGUUUGGCCGCAAUAUUGAGCAACUGAAAGAGGACACUCCAUGGACUGGGCCGUGCAUCUGCCAUGCCAUUUUCAUAGAGGGUGGACUUGCCUUUGCUGCGGGGACAGCAGCAUUGCACGGUUUAAUUGACCCAAGGACUAUAUGCCUGAUAACUGAGGGAUUGUUUUUCAGUUGGUGGAUGUGCGGAAUAUAUACUGGCAUAGUGAGACAGUCGCUGCAGAAGAAAUAUCAUCUCAAGAAUUCGCCGUGCGAUCCUUGCAUGGUGCACUGCUGUUUGCACUGGUGUGCCAUAUGCCAAGAGCACAGGGAACUGAGAAGCCGCUUAUCAGACGACACUCCAAUGCCAAUGACAAUAGUCAAUCCGCCUCCCGUACAAGAAAUGAAUGCUUCGAGUGCCAGCCAACAAUCAGCAACACUUAAUUCAGGAGAACGAGUUAAUGUAGAGAUGCAGGCUUUGUAG